GUAAUAUCAAUUGGCUUAAAAAAAUAGUAGAGGAUAUGGGGCACAAUAAACAAAUUUAUUUCAUGUUUACGACAAAUUUUAUGUUUGUUUUUAAUAAAAAACAAAAAUUGCGGUAUAUUACGGGUUAAAAUCUAAUUUACGUUUAAAACGUAAGUAAACUCGAUAUCCAAACCCAUAAUUGACCCGACCCGAACUCCCAAAAGUGAAGCUCGAAUCAAAACAUACAAAUAAUUGGAAAACGUUUUUAAAUCUUUAAAUCAAAGCGGAGAAGUAAAUAAAAUUCUGAACGUUUUCUUGGUUGACUUUCUUGCUCUCGAUGGGAAAGCUCCAACAUGGAUCUCAUGAGUGCGAGUUGACCUCGCGGGGGAUCGUCGCAAACGGGAUCUGCAACAUCUGCUUCAAAGAUGAACCUGUUGAAUUCGCCUGUGACCCUUGCAAUUUCGAUCUCUGCAAAGCUUGCUCAGAUCUUCCCCAGAAAAUGUCACACCAUCUUCAUCCGGAGCACCCUCUAGAAUUUCGUAUAGGCGAAGAUGAUCAGAAGACUAAACACAUGGUGUGCGUCGUGUGCGGAAACAUGUCUUCUGGAGCCAAAUACUAUUACGAGUGUAGCAAGUGUGAGAUCUACCUCGAUUUGGGCUGUGCACUUCAGAAGAACAUAGCGACGAGUUGGGAAGCCAAAGAAAUGCUCCAUUACAGCCAUGAACACUUACUUAAAAGGUGUAGGCCAGGACCAGAUUCCAAAGACUCUUGCCUUCUCUGUGAGCAACCUCUCUCCUUCACUGCAAUAUGUUACGGUUGCGUUCAUUGUUACUUGUUUUUUCACGAGCGUUGCCUUGAUCUACCAACCGAGAUUCAACAUCCCGUGCAUCCUAUGCACCCUCUCAAACGCCUUAAUUAUAUACAAACUUUUGACGGUGAGAAAUCUUGUAAUGCCUGUCACGGCCAAUUUGUUGGUGUCCCAUUUGGUUGCUUAGGAUGUGGGUUUUACCUUCAUCUGAGAUGUGCAGAUGCCUUGUUGCGGGGUUUGUUGUAUAAGUCCCAUGAACACAGGCUAUUUUAUGUAGAAAGUACUCGUCGUGUUGCUGAUGAAAGAGUAAAACAACCAUGUCUAAUAUGCAAGGAAACCGUGGUCUAUGACAGAUUCUAUUAUUUAUGCGUGGAAUGUGAUUUGAAAUGUCAUACCAAGUGUCUUGAGAUACCUGAAUAUGUGAUCAAGAAAUCCUAUCACAUCCAUAAACUUAGAUUUAUAAGAGUCGGAGGGGAGGACGAUUUUUUGGAGUAUUGUGGUGUUUGUGAGACUAUGGUAAUUUCACGAUAUCCUGAAUAUUCCUGUGAAGAAUGUGAUUUUGUCGGCCACACUGAAUGCAUUCUACGCGAGGAAGUGCCUUCCCCAAUGUACUUGAAAGAUUUGUACUCUUGCAGCAAAGGCAACACAAAAUCCCAACAUCUUGAAACCAUUGAAUUUGAAGAUAGGUUACUGGUUAAUAGCUUCAGUCAUAUUCAUGUGAUGAAACUAAUCCACAUGAGUGAGCUUGAGGAAGAAGGAAAGUGCAACAUGUGUGGGACAAAAAUACAUGAUAAUCCUUGCAAAUGUGAGACAUGUAGCUUCCAAUCACAUGAUUUUUGUGCAGAGCUUGGGCGACCAUCAAAGCAUCAGUUUCAUUUAAACCAUUCUUUGACCCUUCUACCAAAUACCCCUAGAUGGUUUAGAAGGAAGUGUGAGUCAUGCAAAGACGAUAUAGGCGGGUUCAAUCUCUUCUGUCGUAUAUGCAAUUUCAUCAUCGACAUCAACUGCGCUUUGAAAGAUAAAAAAAUGCAUGGUGCAUUACAAAGGGGUCAGAAAAUCAUUGGAACAUGGUUAGGACUUUGCAUACAAGACAAACAUAGCUUGUUUCAAGUUAUCGUUUCACGGUCAUAUCCUAUCACUUGUUCUAUUUGUGAUGAGAAGUUUUGUGGAAAGGCUUUUUCAUGUGUGACGUGUGAAGAUAUAUAUCACCCUAUGUGUAUCCAAGUUGGGAGGCGAAUUCUAGUUGGUCAUCCACUUCAUGUUGAUCACAUGCUAGCAAUUUCACUUAAAAGUGGAUCCAAGUGCACGGCCUGCCAACUGAAUAUAACAAAAUAUGGCUAUCAUUGUACCAUCUGCGAAAUCAAUUUCCAUAUUGAAUGCAUCAAAGCAGUGAUAGUACCAAGAAAGAUCAAGUCUCAUAGUCACUAUUUCUAUAACUUUUGGAACAAUGAUUCGAGGGUGACUCGAGCUUGCGGUGUGUGCUCUAGACCAUGUGGUGUGUCGUUCUACGGAUGUAUUGACUGUAUGUUCAACGCCCAUGUAGAGUGUAUUGGGUUUCCAGCUAAUGUGAGGAACCAACGGCAUGUGCAUACUCUCACACAAGUAUACACUUCUCACAGGGAAAAAUGGUCUGUCCGUGACAAUUACAUGGAUCGUAUAUCUUACAAAUGCUAUCCUUGCGAUAGGAAUUUUCCCACUGAAAGGAUAAUGUCUAAGGAUGACCGUAGGGAAACAACAGAAGAGAAACAACAGAAAGACAUCUAUCUUAUGCACCUUGAGCGUGAUCUCAUUGACCUUUUAGUGAGAACAGAUGAUGAUGCAUGUGGUCAAAGCCAGUGACGAUUCCUCUUAGUUUGGUUCUGCCUCCCUUUAUGAAACUGAAUACGGAAAAAUCCCUUAUCUGAGGUUAUGCCUCAAUCUCUUCUCGUUUUCUUAUCGUGUUUUAACAAUAAAAGGUGGCGUGUUCGAAGACUUGGCUCUGAUGAGUCUUAUUUGUUAUGCCUCCCUCUCUCAAAUGCAACUUCAGUGAACUAAAGUUAUGUUUCAGAAUUCUAUCAUCUUCAACUUAGUCAUUUGGUGAACUAAAUUUGCAACAUGUUUAUUUAUUGGAUCUUGGAUUUGUGGUUCUGAUUGCCAAGUUUGAAUGAUUUUCAAGUGUGUAUACCUGAUUUAAUAGUGAGUUUCUCUGAUUGUUUGUGUGGAA